UUUGCUUGCCUGCUUCAGAUUCCUGGCUCCGCCUAUAUAAUAGCCUGGCUACUAUGGCUCCGGCACCCAGUCGUAGUUGGUCUUUUGCUUCCUUGUUUUUUCGCCAGCUGCUGCUAUUUAUGUGCAUUACUUGUGCAACUCUGGCUGCUCCGUCACUGGCUGGUUGCGUGGGCCAAUCAACUAGUACAAAAGGCGCACCAUUUGCACAGACGCUGGGUUCAUCUACAAGAUUCAGAAGUGCUCGCUGAAGGUGAGCCGGCCGCUCAUCUUCUAGCUCUUACACAUCGCCGUCUUCGUCGUGUCAGCUGUAUACUUUCUGAAUUUAGCAGUGAAGGUCAUCGGUACUGA